AGAUGACUUAGUGUUAAAAUAAAAACGUAUAAAAGGCAGAGGCUUGAUGUAGCCGGCAGUCAGGGAACAUUCACCGACCAGACACAUCACCAUGAAGUAUCUUUUACUGCUCGCCGUCGCUCUCUUCGCAGUCAGUUCAGUGUCUGCACGAGGCAAAUGGUCACGACCAUGCAAAGGUAAGUGGUGCGGAGGCUAUGGAGGCGGAUACGGCGGUGGUGGAUACGGAGGUGGAGGAUAUGGAAUGUCCGGUGGUUAUGGCGGCGGAUUUGGCGGUUAUGGCGGCGGAAUGAGCGGUGGAUACAUGGGAGGAUACGGUGGAUUUACCGGUGGUAAGAAAUUCGGCGGCUAUGGCGGCUAUGGAGGUGGAGGAUAUGGUGGCAUGUCCGGUGGAUAUGGUGGUGGAUUCGGCGGAUACGGUGGCAUGUCCGGCGGAUUCGGCGGAUACGGUGGUAUGUCAGGUGGAUUCGGUGGCAUGUCCGGCGGUUAUGGUGGCGGAUAUGGCGGAUUCGGAGGUGGCAUGGGUGGCGGUUAUGGAGGUGGAUACGGCGGAUUCGGCGGAAGAGGCCGAUACUGCAAAUGCGCUCCACGAUGCAACAAAUGGCAAAAGUUCGUCGGCCGAUGCCCAUGGUGCAAGAAGGGCUGCAAGCUGGUGUUCUGUUGCAACCGCGGUAAAAUGUAAACUCUAUGAGAUACUGACACCUUACGACGGAUUUCUCCUGAUGAAUCCAUUGUUCAUUGCUCAUUUUGUGUAUAUAUUUUGAAUAAAGCAUCUUUAAAUUACAA